GGAGAAUGUACAGUUAAUGGACCAUCUAGUCAUUUCAUUUUCUCUAAAGGAAAAGUUAUAUUUAUACCUGCUAACGUUCCAGUCAAAAUAAUUGCUGGUUCUGAAAUUAUUGUUAAUACCAUGAUAUUACCGAGGAAACAAUGAAUUCGGAUUUUUGCAUAAACGUUCAUCCGCUAACUGAAAACCCAACAAAGGCAUGGGAAAGUUUGAAAAAAACACAAAAAUGUAUGAAAAUACAACCUCCAGUGCCUAAAGGGCCUGUAGGUAAUAACAAAGUCAGAGUAGUUUGUAUGAGUGAUACUCAUUCUAAAACAUCUUUACUGAAAUUUGAUAUACCGUUUGGCGAUAUAUUCAUUCACGCUGGAGAUUUUACUAGUUGUGGAGGCCUGGAUGAAGUAAUAGAGUUUAACAAAUGGCUAGGCACAUUACCGCAUAAACUCAAAAUUGUGAUUGCUGGAAAUCAUGAGCUCAGUUUUGAUUCGACGUUCACCCAACAAUCAAACUUAAAUGAUAUUCCAACAUUAGGGUUUGAACAAGAUCAAAUUCGAAGUGCGAUUCAACAUAAGGAUAUAAAAAAAUAUUUAACUAAUUGUAUUUACUUGGAAGACUCUAUGACUGAGUGUUAUGGUCUGAAAAUUUAUGGUUCUCCUUGGCAGCCAGAGUAUGGAGGAUGGGCGUUCAAUAUUCCUCGUGGACAAUCUUGUUUAGAUAAAUGGAAUAAAAUACCAGCAGGAGUUGAUAUUCUAGUUACACACUCACCACCAUUAGGACAUGGUGACGAUUGUUGUUCUGGUGUUAGAGCCGGUUGUGUUGAACUUUUAUUUUCCGUUCAACAACGAAUUAAGCCUAAAUAUCAUGUUUUUGGACACGUACAUGAAGGUUAUGGAAUUUCUACUGAUGGGAAAAUAAUCUACAUAAAUGCAUCAAGCUGUGAUCUUCAAUAUUUACCAGUACACCAUCCAAUAGUUUUCGAUGUUGCUUUACCUAAAGGUGUCUUGAAAAUUUAACUAUUUAAAAGAAACUAUUUUAGAAAUAAUAGUUAAAAGUACUUUGUACAUUUUUUAUUAUUAUUUACAAUAUUUUGUAAAUAGAAUUCGUCUAAGUCAUUCCUUUUGUCUAAGUGAUAUAAAAAUAUUUUUAAUUAAAUAUAAAAUUAGAUGUCCAAAAAUAAAUAAUAAAAAUGUUUCU